GGAAAAGAUGCCUUCAAUUAAGAACUCCCUCGCUCUUUUACUGAGCCAAGCUCUUUUGGCUACCAAUAGCCAAGCGAAUGGAGCGACCGUUAAGCGACAGUGCCCGGGGAUCCAUGUCUUUGGUGCUCGUGAAACUACAGCACCGCCAGGAUAUGGCUCCUCCUCUACUGUUGUAAACUUGAUCAUCGCCGCCCAUCCCGGAACUACAUCUGAAGCACUUGACUACCCAGCUUGUGGUGGUCAGUCUUCUUGUGGCAGCAUCCCUUAUAAUACCUCUGCUGUGGACGGCAUCAACGCCGCGGUCACAGCAAUAAACAGCUUCCACAACUCCUGCCCAGAUACUCAGCUGGUCUUGGUUGGAUACUCGCAGGGUGGCCAAGUCUUUGACGAUGUAAUUUGCGGAGGAGGUGAUCCUGGCGAGGGAUACAGCAACACUGCUGUUCCGAUAUCCGCAUCGGCAGCCUCUGCUAUCAAGGCCGCAAUCCUUAUGGGAGAUCCUCGAAAUAUUGCCGGACUGCCAUAUAAUGUUGGAAACUGUACUGCUGGGGGUUUCGAUGCCCACCCAUCUGGAUUUGUUUGCGCCGCCGCGUCUAAGAUCCAGUCAUACUGUGAUGCCUCAGACCCGUACUGCUGCAAUGGAAAUAACGCUGCCACUCACCAAGGUUACGGCCAGGAGUAUGGCCAGCAGGCUCUCGCUUUUGUCAACAGCAAGCUCUCCAGCACCGGUGGCAGCGGCCCAACCUCGACGCCACCCUCAGGCCCCACCAGCACUGGAAGCUCUCCCAGCGCGACCCAGACUCACUAUGGACAGUGUGGUGGAAUCGGCUACUCGGGUCCUACCCAGUGUGCUAGCGGCUACACUUGCCAGGUCCUGAACUCUUACUACUCUCAGUGCUUGUAGAGAGCGUGAGAGCGGGUGACGGUGAAAAUGUUAUCAAGUCGUAUAUUUAGCUGUAUUUAGUACUCGUUUUGUUGUGGUGGAAUUGAAUACAAGUUAUAAAAGUGUAUGAACACCAUGGGUUGAAUUACAGUGAGUGAGCGCAGUAUGUCACUUUACCGCAACAAGAACUGCGUAUUAAAUACGAGGUUUUCAAUGAUUUACUAUAAAGUAUACAUAUGUCAAUGUUCUGGCUUAAGAUAUAAGAAUAAGAAACAAGAAAUAAAGGGAAUAAGCUAAGAAGUUAUAAAUGCAGGCGGAGACUAUUAUACAAGCAUCUGGAUAUAAGAAAGAAGAUAAAAGCGCUUCACUUACAUGUAAUUAGGAACACUACCAUGUAU